GAGCACCCAGGUCUCAUCUCAUGUCCCGCCAGUCAUCAAAAUGGGGGCCGACGGAAGUAAAAGCAGUAAGAGGGCCUCUGAAGGGGGGGAAGAUGAGCACAUCUCCUCUGGCUGGCGUGGCUUCCUCUCCACUGUGGGCCUUUCUAUCCCAGCAGGCAUCUGUCGCCUGGCUCCACCUGCACUGGGUCUGGGCCAGCGUCGCAUGCUCCAAAGCAAAGCACCCGAGGUUCCAGAGCACGUCCUGAGGUUAGCGGGGGUUGGUCUGGGCAUGCUGAGAGCAGAGUGGAGCCUUCCAGGGUUUGUUACCAUGUUCCUACCUGAGUUCCCUCACAGACCUGCAACUGGGCACCAACACUUUCAAGUGUUGGGUUACAUUGCCAAAGGUUCAUUUGGACCAAUUCUAAAAGUGAAAGACAAGACCAAACAGAAAACAUAUGCUGUUAAAGUUAUACCUAAAUCAGAAAUCCUACGACUCGGGGUCCUGGAGCAGUCCAAAGAAGAAGUUAUAGUCCAGCGUCAGGUUCGCCAUCCGUUUGUCCUCGACCUUCAGGACUGCUGGCAGACUCAGCGCCACCUUUACAUUAUGUGCGACUACUGCAGCACAGGUGACCUGUACACCUACUGGCAGAUGAUCGACCACUUCUCUGAAGACACGGUGCGAGUGUUUGCUGCAGAGCUGGGCUGUGCGCUUGGCUUUCUGCAUGAUUUUGGGAUCAUCCACAGAGAUGUGAAGAUGGAAAACAUUCUGCUGACUGAUAACGGCCACCUCCGCUUAGCUGACUUUGGUUUGUCCCGUCGCCUGGAGAGAGGAGGCAGAGCCUUCACCAUCUGUGGAACCAUCCAGUACAUGGCCCCUGAGGUUCUGAGUGGGGGACCAUACAACCAUGCAGCUGACUGGUGGUCUCUAGGAAUCCUGCUCUUCUCACUGGUUACUGGGAAGUUUCCUGUGCCUCCAGAACCAGACCACUGCAGCAUGCUGAGGAAAGUCAGAGGGUUUCCCUACGAGAUGCCUCUCAGCUUCAGCCCCCCGCUGUCCCUCUUAUUGACUGAGCUUUUGUGCAAGAAUCCCUCCCGUCGCUUGAGGACCCUGGAUCGUUUUAAACGCCAAACAUUCUUCCACAGAACUGCGUUCGACUUUGACCUCCUGCAGCGUCAACCUGUGGAGGUAAUUUUGGAGUUGAGAGAAAGGCCAGACCGCGCCGCCAAAGCUCUACGAGGCCUCACGUUGUCCCUGCAGCCUCUGAGGGGCUUUGACUUCGACUCGCUCCUCAGUCCUCCCGCCACGCCGGACACACAGCUGGACACAGAGACGAGUGGUCGCCCUCCGCUGCCCAGCCCAGCGCCGCGACUCGGUCCAGCACCGGGACCCCCUCAGGCAAGAGGACCACGCAGAGAGGUGUUUGUGUGACAGACUCUGAGCUCACAGAGCAGUCACCGACAGGCCUACAGGUUGUGCACAACUUUACACAGACGUAAAGAUGAUCUCUGAUGAUGAUCUUUAGUUCAUUUUGUUCUCAUUUGGAGCAUCUCUGUGAAGAUUCGAGAAGAAUCAAACAUUUGCGUAAAAAGUACCACGUCCCCUUAUCUAUCAGUGAUUUUCCAUAUUUUUUCUCUUUACGCGUUUGCCUUUCUUUAUUUAGCACUUCCUUUG